CAGUGGUAUUAAAAUUCAAUUUACACCUUUCUGCCACAGAGCAAUAAUCGAUCUCUCAGAAACACGCACAAACACGCAGUGGAGGUGACGUAAGAAGAAUGGGUUUCUUUUCCUUUCUCGGCAGAGUGCUGUUCGCUUCCAUCUUCAUCCUCUCUGCAUGGCAAAUGUUCAAUGAAUUUGGAGAGGAUGGUGGACCAGCAGCAAAACAAUGGGCUCCCAAAUUGGCCCUUCUCAAGAAGUCCAUCGACGGAAUAGUUGGAAAAAAUAAUGUCCAAAUUGAUGCAAGGUCCUUUGUUGCUGCCUGUAUAUUUUUGAAGGGCUUGGGUGGUCUACUAUUCGUCCUUGGCAGCAGUUUCGGUGCUCAUCUUCUGAUUUAUUACCUGACAUUCACCACUCCGUUGUUGUACAACUUCUACAACUACAAUUUCGGCGAGCCAGAAUUUUUCCGACUGUUGCAAGAGUUUCUUCAGUGUGCUGCACUUUUCGGUGCGUUGCUAUUUUUCUUGGGGAUGAAGAACUCUAUUACAAGGAAGCAACCCAAGAGAAAGAGCCUUAAAUCGAAGGCGGCUUGAUUCUUGUGAAAAUGAAAACAAAACAAAACAAAACGAGAGCAAAUUAAGUUGAAGGGAUCAAAUUAGGAUAUUAAAUUUUAGGCAGAUUUUUGGUUAUUUAAAACCCUAGUUUUUAUUUAUCAGCUUUUUUCCAAUUGAUGCACCCAAUAUUUGGUGUUGGAUUAUGUUUUUAUUUUUUGUCCAAUUUUUGUUUGGAAUUGUUCAUAUGUUUUUGUAAUCAAUUGAGCACUCAAUUUCUUAUUUACAU